GCAACAUGUUCACAUUCGUGUAGAUCUGCAUCUCAUUCGUUCACUCCCACUUUAACCACUCUUCGCAUUUCUCUUCUCUCUGUUUUCUCCUCUCUCGCAUCAAUGGAGUUGGACGGCGUUCUCCUCGGAAUGUGUAACCCUCUCCUUGACAUUUCUGCCGUCGUCGACGACGAUUUCUUGCAACGAUAUGGUAUCAAGUUGAACGAUGCGAUUCUCGCCGAGGAUAAGCACAAGCCUAUGUAUGAAGAAUUAUCUAGCAAAUCUAAUGUGGAGUACAUUGCUGGAGGUGCUACUCAGAAUUCAAUCCGGGUUGCUCAGUGGAUGCUUCAAGCCCCUGGUGCCACAGGGUACAUAGGUUGCAUAGGAAAGGACAAAUUUGGGGAGGAGAUGAAGAAGAGAUGUUCACUUGAUGGUGUAAAUGUUCACUAUUAUGAAAUCGACACCGCACCUACUGGAACUUGUGCUGUUUGUGUGGUUGGUGGUGAAAGGUCGCUUGUUGCUAACUUAUCAGCUGCAAAUUGCUAUAAGUCGGAGCAUUUGGUCAAACCAGAAAAUUGGGCCUUAGUUGAAAAGGCCAAGUACUACUAUAUUUCUGGUUUUUUCCUCACCGUAUCUCCCGAUUCCAUUCAAUUAGUUGCUGAACACGCAGCUGCAAAUGGCAAGACCUUCAUGAUGAACCUUUCCGCUCCCUUUAUCUGUGAGUUCUUCAAGGAUGCUCUGCUGAAAGUGCUACCAUAUAUGGACUAUGUUUUUGGAAAUGAGACUGAAGCAAGAACAUUUUCCAAAGUUCAAGGCUGGGAGACUGAUAACGUAGAGGAAAUAGCUUUAAAGAUUUCCAAGUUGCCAAAGGCUUCGGGAACACAUAAAAGGAUUACCGUUAUCACUCAAGGUGCAGAUCCUGUCUGUGUUGCCGAGGAUGGGAAAGUGAAAUUGUACCCUGUGAUAUUAUUACCUAAAGAGAAAUUAGUUGACACAAAUGGAGCAGGAGAUGCGUUUGUGGGAGGAUUUCUUUCACAAUUGGUUAAGGGGAAGCCCAUUGAAGAAUGCGUGAGGGCUGGGUGUUAUGCUGCCAAUGUUAUCAUCCAAAGGCCUGGCUGCACGUACCCAGCGAAACCUGACUUUCAUUGAGUGAUUCCUCCUUUUCUGCCACCACUAUGAAUUUUUUUUAUCAUUGAGAAGGAUUUUAAUAGCCACACUCUAACUGGUGUGGGGUUUUUGAACCCCUGAUAGGGAAAAUAGCGUGAAAAUGUUGCAGGAAGAGAUGAAACGAGAAUAAGUUUAUGUAUUUGAAGUUCGAUCAAGGCAUCAAUACUCAUAUUGCUGUUUCUGAUCGUUAUUUUUCCUUUUUGGUUGCGUUUUAUAAUGUUUUGUAUCCCUACCAGGGCACCUGAGUCUUAAUUAUGUUGUUUGUCGUUA